CAGAUUUUCUCCCUCUGUACACUAUUAAGCACUAACGACUCUCAUCAUGAUUUUCUUUACGAAGAAGCCUAAAUCAUCUGCUCUUCCUCCCGGAUGGCCAUCGCCAUUCCACAACAAGUGCAGCCAACGAGACUGCCACUACGCCAAUAACCCGCAAACCGUCAAAGGUGUUUACCAAUGUCGCGGUGUCCCCGGAGGUUUCUACUGCGAGGGCACAUACAAGAUCGCAUCCACCCGAGCGCGUGAGACAGAGCACUAUUUGCAAGAGAUGACCAUGGCUCGUAGAUCAGCUGAAGAGGAACAGAGGAAACGCAAGAUGUCAGAGAUGAGGCGGAGUGAGAGGGGACCCGAGCUCGGCGUGCGACGGGGAGGAACGAACAUGUCUGACAGAAGAAUACCAGACGAACGAGGUCGCCGACCUGAUUAUGGGCAAGCUCCUCGCGUUACGAGAGGCACGGAAAAUCGCCGACCGCAAACAGGUGUACCAUGCUCAAGUCACCGCCCUUCGCAAUCCGAAAUAGAGUCUGAGUACAGGACUGACCAAAUUCUGAUGCAUCUCUAUCCCGAACGAGAGAUCCGACCAAGAUGGAUAUAACAAACGCACAACACAAGUCUCGCAUUUUAUGUAUUUCUAGGCCCUUUAGAGCCAAAUUGAUGAUAAUAAUGAUUCCUGGCACGAUAUUACUUACAUGUCCUAUGAGGACUACGCAUAUUGUAUUUUACACUUACUCCGUGUCAUGUAUACUUGACGAACCACAGAUAAACUAAAUGCCUAUUCAAGAUGCACGCUGGACUAGUGCUGUUACCUUUU